CACCGUGGAUCGGCUCAAAGGUGCUUUUCCACCAGGAUUCUUCGCGGGUGUUGCGAUGUUGGCAUCGUUACAGGCGUUUGAGGGGAUCGGAAUUUUCGCCGGGCUGACGCUGCAGGAUCUCUGCAAGUUGCAGACGGUCAGCAGUGAGGUCAAGGGUCACCUGCACAUGCAGGGCUUCGCCUGGAAAGCCGCGGCCUCCCGCGCCUUGCCGUUUCUGGAUCUGAGCGCAGAGCUUUUCCGGGAGGCCAACCUGCGGCAGUGCCUCCAGGCGCUCCCCCUCUUUUUGAAGCCCACAGCUGCGGAGCACAGCAUCGCGGUCUUGUGUGCCUCCAAGAGCACGGUGGAAAUGCUGGAUCGGAAGCAGCAAUUGAAGACUCCAGCGGAAGUCAAGAACCUCGCGGAGGAGUUGCAGCUGGCGCUGGCGUCCUUGCGCCGCCGGCCGUUUGCCAAGGUCUUCCUCUCUCAGAUGGAGUGGGCGGACGGCCGGAGCUUCAUUAUGCUGCCUUCCUGCAAGAUGGGCCAGGUCUUCGCCACGCUGCGCCUGCAAUUUCGACUCGGCCAGGCGCAAGCGGUUCGAGUCGGUGAGGGCAAGCUGAUGCUGGCGCUCACGUGUCGGGCUGCUCGCGAGAGCGAAGCUCCGCCAGAGAUGCUGCUUGACUUCUCGGGCUCCAACGCAGCAGGCCUUAGCCUGCGCUUCCGCGGCGUGCGGCUCCGGGUCAACGGCCCCUGGAAGUUUGCGACAACCCUCCCAGCAAGGCAUGCAACUCAGACGGAGGCCAAGCAACAAGGACCCAUGUCGUGUGUCAUGUGCCUGCGCGACACCCACGGCCCGCCCGCAACCACCAAAUCCCUGCAGGCGCUCAACAUCGACCACUUGGCUUGGCGGAUUGAUGCCCGACUCGCGCAGUUUUGAGCAGUGCCGGCUGCGAGCUUCCUCUGUUGAAAGCGAAGACUUGCGGUUGUUCGGCAUUUCUUCUUCUUCUUUCUCCGAUUGCCGGUUCUUCCGCCUCCAAGUUGCAAGACUUCUGGCUCCAGGUUGCUACAUUCUCCUUGUUUCAGCC